AUGAGCUCCACAAUCACCACUCCCUCGGUAGAGCUUCAACAAUGGCCUCGGCAACAACCCCACCAGCUUGAUCAAUUCUACGUUGACCCCGAACCCUCUCACUUGAGCCAAAAUGAAGCUUCACAACAUAACAGAGACGUCCAGCAAUACCUAGAGCCAGUGGAUCGUGGAGCAGCAGCCUGGAGGCUUCUUGCUGCAGCAUUCGUCUUCGAAGCUCUUUUCUGGGGCUUUCCUCUCUCAUUUGGAGUUUUCCAGAAUUACUACUCCAGCCUUCCGCAAUUUGCAAACGAUCCGUACAUUCCUAUUGUAGGUACCGUGGCAUCUGGGAUCUCGUACCUUGGAGCACCGCUUGUUAUUCCUUUGAUAAAACGGUACUCUAGAUACCAAAGACAAAUGAUCUUUGCUGGCUGGCCUCUUUGCCUAGGAGGACUUGCAGCAGGGUCCUUCUCCACAACUCUCGGUGCCCUCAUCUUCACACAAGGCGUUAUGUACGGUGUGGGAUUCUUGAUCUUCUACUACCCUAUCUUGAGCUUCGUGAACGAAUUCUGGAUCGAGCGAAGAGGAAUGGCGUAUGGGAUUCUAUGUGCAUCUUCAGGAAUAUCUGGUAUCAUGAUGCCAUUCGCGGUCGAAGCCAUGCUACACAGAUACGGAUACCCCACCACACUUCGGGCCAUUGCUAUCGGCUUGGCAGUGCUAACAGGCCCCUUGUUACCGCUUCUGAAAGGCCGCUUACCACCUUCGGUACACAGCACUGCUGGACGAACCGAUUGGAGUUGUUUGAAGAAACCUUUGUUUUGGGUAUAUUGUGCAUCAAACUUGAUGCAAGGCCUCGGAUACUUCUUCCCAUCACUUUACCUCCCGUCAUACGCAGUCUCUAUCGGACUCAACUUAUCUCAGGGCGCGCUGUUGUUGGCUCUACUCAGUAUCUCGCAAGUCAUGGGUCAGAUCAGCUUUGGCUAUCUAUCCGAUCACAGAUUGAACUUGAACCUCCUCAUCAUGAUAUCAACGAUUGUAUCAGCAAUUGCAUCUCUGACGCUCUGGGGCCUGGCACGGUCGCUAGCCGUUCUCAUCGUUUUCUCCUUGGUGUAUGGAUUCUUCGGAGCAGGUUAUGUCGCGAUGUGGGCAAGGAUGGGAAGCGCAGUAAGCAAUGAACCAACUGCUGCACUUGCAACCUUUAGCUUGUUCUGUGCCGGCAAGGGAAUUGGGAAUGUGGUGGCAGGCCCGAUAAGUGCGGGUUUGAUUCUGCCAUUUACUGCAAAAGAGAGUUAUGGAGCGAUGAAAUACAAGGCGGUGGUCCUUUUCAUGGGGUCUUGUAUGAUUGGUAGCACGGUUAGUGUUGCAGCUUGGUAUGUGAGGCAGAAGAGAUGGUUGAGAGCCUCGUAGGAAAACUACACUUUGGAAUGUAAAAAUUGGAUUCAGCAGCCCAGUAAGCGAUUCAAAGAGAAGAGCAACGGAAGAGAGUCCAGUCAUAUCCAAGGCAAAGGGGGGUGGUUUCGCGGAUGCCGAAAUUAUUCGAGUCCACUUUAGUAAAAACUGUGCUCAAGAC